GGAAGGCACAGAUUGGCGCGAUCGCGUUCGCGAUCACGAUCAUGACCGCGGUGGCGGCUGAUCGAAGCUGUGGAAAAUAAACGUCUUUAUUCAUAUCGACGCGAUACCACUCCACGAAAAACGCGACCUGACAGCGUUCCAGACAGCGGUAGCGAUUAGUUGGAACUUGUCGAGUUUGGCCGCAGAUCGUCAACAAUAUUUUGGGUACAUUUCAUACGUUUUUUGAUAAAUAUGGAUACUACAACAAAACAAUUAAUUGAAUUGAUUAAAAAACAUAGAAUUCUUUAUGAUUUAUCACAUCCGGAAUAUAAGAAUACCAGAAUCAAAAAUAAGGUUUGGGAUGAAAUAGGAGCUUUGCUGAAAAUAGAUGGUGAAGAUGCAAAGAAAAGAUGGAAAAAUAUUCGCGACUGCUACGCAAAGCAUCUUCGAUCUGAAAAGACUCAUACAGGUCAGAAAGCCAAAAAUAUUGAUCGAUAUAGAAGUUGGCCUUGGGCUGCUCAGAUGUCAGCUUUUAAGCCGUUCUUGCAGUUUGCUCAAACGUCAAGUAAUGUUGAGGAAACAGUUAAUGAAGAUACUCAAAGUAGUCAGGAGGAGAAUCACUUGAGUAGAAGAGAAACUGAAACAUAUGAAUUAACCGAAACAUAUGAAAAUAGCUCUGAUGUAGAUCGGUCUAGGUCAUCCGCAAAUACUACAGAAAAUUCAACCAUUACUCCUCAUCUAUUGAAAAAAACUGCACCUAAGCGAAAAUUUGUACGAGAGAACAAUGAAUCAUCCGUUUCUCAGGUUUUGUCAUAUUUGAAAAAUAAAGAUAACAAUUCACAGGGUACGAGUUAUGACGACCUUGAUUUGUUAUUUUUGGGACAUGCUAAAGCAAUUAAAAAACUAUCUUCAAAACGUCAAGCUGUUGCAAAAUAUCGAGUUGCGCAAGUAAUAAUGGAAGAGGAAUUACGUGAUAUAGAGGAAACCACAACUGGUUCAUCCUUUUCAGUAACUACAGGUACCAGACUUCAUACACCUUCUGGCGUAAAUUAUCAGCAAAAUUCGGCAUGUCAAACAAGUAAUCAGUUUUCGAAUUCACCACUUAAUUCAUAUGCUGCCACCUCACCACCGGAAUCGGAUAAUUCUCAAACAUGCUCAGAAGCAACCACAUGGUAUGAAACUUUUUCUUGAAGGAAUUUAUAAGCUUUUUUUGACAAUGGUAUGUUGUUUGUGUAUUUAACAGAUUUUUUUAUGUAUCCAAGUAAAACAUACGCAAGUCGAAAUGCAAAUAAACAAAAAAUACAAACCAAUAAAUUAGUUUUCUUACCGUAAAGUAACUGCUAGACGUUCAGCGGUUGUUAUAGGCUCUCUAAAAUUAGUAUAUGCCUUUUUUAUAUCUUCUUCAAUCAGUUUUAAUAUGUAAUCAAAACUUUUUAUUGGCAUUCGAAAAUAUACAAAAAACCUUUCUUCGUCUUGUCUAAGUUUAGUAAAUAAUGUAUGAAAUUCUCCUUCUAAAUUACGCGUUUGAUGAAUUUCGUGCACCCAGAUCCUUCUCUUUCUAAAAGUAUAAUACAGUAUAGUAAUUAACAUAAAGGAUAAUUCACAAAUAUACUACACAAGCAACAAUUAUUAUUAAAAUACUUACCUUUCUCUGCACUCAUCCUCACAUAAGGCUGCAAGUAACAGCACCUCAUCUCGAUCAGUCAUUUUUUUUUCAACAAACAAGCUAUAACUACAUGGCAAAAAGAUGAACUGAUCGCCACCGUAGUCGCAUUUAGUUUGUGUUAAAAUGAUCGCUUACGAUAUCGCGGCUGUGAUCGUGAUCGUGAUCACGGCCGCGAUCGCGCCAGUCUGUGCC